AUGCCGCACCGCGCACGGCCGAUGACGGGGCUGCUGGUGUUCAUGGGCGUCAACCUCGUCCUCCUCAGCACCAUCACCCCCGUCUACGACUUCGUCUGCUUCCACCCCUACUGGGACCGCAGGAGAGAACGCCGUCAAAGGGAACGUGAAGCACUGCAAGGCAAUGGUUCUCUAGAAACUGCAAAAUAAACUCUACUAGGUAUCUGCUUACAUUAUUAGCUUAUCACAUCCUGGAUUGUUCAUUUACUUGGGAUGGAGUAAGUUUGAUGAAGUUGCGACCAGGCUUUUCAGUGUCGGUGGGUCAUUAGAUCUUGUUUCGUGAUGCUCCUGCAAUGCAUCAAUUCUCUGUAAUGACAAACCAAGGAACACCAGACGCAGUGAAAUAAUUUCUUUAAACUACACUGUUAUGAAUCUUUUGUCAACUUAUUGUAUUCAUCUGGUGUAACAUAAGCAAAUGAAAUCAUCUAUUUAGUUCA